GGGAGAGGGGUAUAAAGGCUCCGCUGAAGCAUCAGCAAUCAUAAGGAACAGGACAGGUGAGGCAAAGUGGACAGAAAUUUAGGGAGAAAUAACUACGCUGAGGAGGUGUAAGGAUAUUUUUUUGGGUUGUUUUUGGAAGUUGCAGUAAAAACGGGGCCAAAUAUAGGUCAAAGUUUAAUUUCUAUAAUCCAGGCAUCCUCACUUUGUCAGUUUAAGAUCAUUUUUGCAGCUAGGUGGAGUUCUGAAUCCCAGAAGAUCUAUAGUUAAGGAGCUCGAAGCAUCAGGGUCAAAAUGUGUUGCGGUGGUUUUGCCAAAUGUCUGGGGAUCUCUCUGAUGCCUCUGUCCUUCAUAUGUGUGCUGUGCAACAUCCUGCUCUUCUUCCCUGGAGGGGUGGCUGUGGAGAGCGACCACAUCACAGAGCAAGUGUGGUACUUUGGAGGCAUUCUGGGAUCUGGAGUACUGAUGAUCUUCCCAGCUCUGGUCUUCUUCGGUCUGAAGAACAACGACUGCUGCGGAUGCUGUGGCAAUGAAAGCUGUGGGAGGAGAUUUGCGAUGCUGAGCUCCAUCCUGUUUGCAGCUGUGGGUGUAAUGGGGGCCGGUUAUUCAGUCAUAGUCUCCUCUCUGGCUAUAAACCAAGGGCCUCUGUGUGUGACCGAGAAAGGCCAAGGAAACAACACACUGUGGGGAACUCCUUUCUCAGACGGUGACUACCUGAGAGACAGAAGUCUGUGGCAUAAAUGUUCGGAUCCAAAAAACGUGGUGCCCUGGCAUCUCUCUCUAUUCGCCAUCCUGCUGGUCGUGGGUUUGAUCCAGAUAGCGCUGUGUGCUGUGCAGGUGCUGAACGGCCUGCUGGGAGCGAUCUGUGGAGACUGCUGCGGCUGCUGUGGAGGGAGUGACGGAGCAGUCUGAACACAUCCUUCAUCUAUAAAAGCAGGAAGGCUGCACACUUGAUUCUUACAGGAUAGCCGUGUAUAUUUUUCUUUAUGCAAUUAUUAUAGGAUUGUGCAAAAGGGCUCAUUGAUUACAUUGUGUGUACCUUUUACCAACAUGUGUGAAAUGACAGAGCCCUUGUUUAAAGAUUUCCCUUUCAGCACUCUAUGGAAAACACUAUUGACUCCUUAUCUCAUCUUUAUGUAUGUCUGCUGUCAUUUAUGGUCUGCACAUGUAAUCCUGUUUUCAAUAUUUAACUUUCCACAUUAUGCAUAUUUAAUCUUUUUUUUUUUAUCAUUUAGCUAUACUGAUAAAUAAACAUCUGAGUUUUAAUAUAUAUUGAUAAGUAUAAGUGGGAGCAUAAGACAGGAUGAGAGCAAGCAAUUACAGGUUUAUAUGUUUUUUGAUCUAGAAGAAGCUGCUUGCAUUAAAAAUCAAAAGAACUGUUGACAAUAAAAUAUUUCUGAAAAUAUUUAUUUAGAGGGACUGCAUGGUGGUGCUGUCACCUCACAGUCCUGGUUUGAAUCCCAUCAGACAGGACUCUGUGUGGAGUCUGCAUAUUCCAGCGUCCUCCCAAAGGCUAAAAUAAAACACACUUGUUAGGGGUAUUGGUGACUCUAAAUUGCCCAUAGGUGUGAAUGUGACAUGUUUCUCUGUACAUGUCAGCCCUGUGGUUCCCUGUAACCAGUCCAACGUGUACCCAACUCUCACCCAGACAGCUAGGAUCUGUUCCAGCACUUCUGACCCUGCCUGCGAUAAGCAGAGUGAGAUAAGUAUGGGUGGAUUUAUAUUGUGUGACUGACCCCUUCUGGGCAUUUUGGUGAUGAACACACAAGUCUGAUGGGACUAAAGGUUCAUAAAAGCAGUCAAGCAUGUACUAAAAACAGACUGUUAUAAAAUAUAUAUAUAUAUAAAAGGUAGUAAAAACUGCUUAAACAGCAUUUUUAUUUUGAAAAUACACGGUACAGUUGUUUUAAACACCAUUACAACAAAUGUGUUGUGAAAAAAUCUGUUUUUAGGUGAUAUUUUCUUGUCUUUAAUGCAGCUAUGUAUAAAAUGCGUCUUCACAUGAGCCUUAAC